GCCCGGGCCAACAUGGCGGCGGACGCGAAUGAAAAUGAAUAUUUUGUGCGAGAAAUCGAGAAGAACGACGGCUGUGCCCUGAAAGUGAAGCAGUGCUACCUGGGGGAUGUAGGCUGUGUGGUGUGGGACGCGGCCAUUGUUCUCGCCAAAUAUUUAGAGACGAAACAGUUUCACGAUCCGUCCGGAGGAGUGAACGUGUGGGCCGGCAGGAGGCUGCUGGAGCUGGGAGCUGGGACCGGAGUGGUGGGUCUGAUGGCAGCGACACUAGGAGCUCAGGUGACUGUGACAGACCUGGAGGAUCUGCAGACCCUCCUGCGAGUGAACAUCCAGGAGAACCAGGCUCACAUCAGCAGUGGAUCCGUAACUGCCAAGGUACUGAAAUGGGGUGAAGAUGUGUCUGACUUCUUGCCUUCUCCACAUUAUGUCCUCAUGGCGGAUUGCAUCUAUUAUGAGCAGUCGAUUGUUCCACUGGUGGAAACCUUAAAGCUUCUCUCCGGAUCCGACACCUGCAUCAUUUGCUGCUAUGAGCAGCGCACCGAGGGCGGCAACCCACAAGUGGAGAGGCAAUUUUUUGAGUUGCUGGAACAACACUUCAGGGUUGAGAAGAUCCCUUCAGACAAACAAGACCCGGAGUUCAGCAGUCCAGACAUCCACAUCCUGCACAUCCGGAAAAAAAUCUGAAAGUUUAUCUGCUGAAUUUGUGUGUGGGUAGACUUUUCAGUGUAUCCUCAUUUCUACAUUAUUUUUUUAAUCAUUAAAUAUUUUUUAAUAUAUCAGUGAAUACCGUCCUGGUAUUUGAUUGGAAUGAAAAAAGAAGAAGAUCCCAAUGUAAGAAUUAAAUUACUUAAAUACAUGAUAUUAUCAAGCAGAUUCUCUGGUCUGUGUAGUUGCAGGACUGUGAAGGUACAGCAGAUGGCAGCCACGUGGCCCAUGUGCAAGCACAGACAUGUCACACAGGGGGAUUGUCUUUAAUAAAAAUGAGGUGUUCAACCUGCAGAAGUCACUCAAUAA